AUGGAUUCAUAUGGGCCGGCAUCUCAUGAAAGGGCCUCGUCGAACCUCGAAACAAAGAUGGAUGAAGGAGAUACUCAAAGUAUUAGCGUUUCGUCCGGGGCCAAGUCGAUAUCCAUCUCUAACUCCCACGACUCUUCGGGUGACAUAGAUAGUGUUGAGGAGCAUCGUAACAUGAUGCUUGCCAGUCUACUCGAAGAUUACAUCCGUACCCGCGCUGCCGAGUAUCUCAACGCUACUAAUCCGGGUCAGAACUAUACGAGGCAGUCCCCAGAGGUUCAGCCUCUUGCUCGGCAACUGUUUGCGGACGCAAGCCGAACACUAUCAUCGAAUGGAGUGAUAUCCGACUUGGCGACAUCUGAUGCCGUGAGAAAUUCUCGUCGACAAUACCUGUCAGCCUUAGAUAAUCUGGUUGCUGGCUCUCAAGUCCCGACUUCACACCUCUCCAAUGUGAUGCGCGACUUGAUCCUUGGAACAUCCCAACUUACCCUUAUGCCGCAUCCAUCUAAUGACCUGAAACUGACUCUUCAGUCAACCCCAGCACGAAGUCACUAUCAAUCUUCCUUCCAAGAAGGUGCUCUUUUAGGGAGAGGUGGCUUCGGAAAAGUAUAUGAGUGUUUUAACCCCUUAGAUCGGGGAACAUAUGCUGUAAAGAAGAUCCAGUUAUCCCCGAGACUCGGGAAAAGGUUUCGCGAUGGAAAACUGGAAGAGCUUCAGCAUAUCCUGCGCGAGGUACAAGCUUUAGCUACGCUAGAUCACCCUAACAUCGUGCGAUACCAUGCUACAUGGCUUGAGGAGCCUCAUCAAUCUCAGCCACUCGAAAUCACACAUGAUCCUAGCACGAGAGCCGAAGUAGGCCAAAGGCAACAAUUACUAUUAGAUCACCGGCCAUUCUCUCAAGAUGAAGGGGAUGGGGCGGAGCCGUCACUAAGUGGUGGAGUCGUUUUUGCAGAAGACACUCCAUCCUGCCGUGAUAGCAAAGCCAACGACCGAUUGGUUAACGACCGGCAAUGGUUCGAGCAGCGCACCUCUAGUAAUCCUGCUGUUGAGAGUCUUUCCCUAUCAAAUACUAGCGAUAUAUUCACAGACGGGAAAAGCAGGUUAUCAAACUCAAAUGAAAAGAGGGAGGCGUUUGAAGCAGUCGGAUAUAUCUUAUACAUACAAAUGUCGCUAUACCCAAUGACGCUAGCUCAGUAUAUAUCUCUUUCGUCCGGCGGAAAUAACGCCUUAAAACAUUGCUUUCAUCUUAUUCCUAGUCUUAGGCUCCUUCAUGCCAUACACGCUGGGCUACAAUACAUCCACGCUAAAGGGUUCAUACACCGGGACAUUAAGCCGGGUAAUAUCUUUCUCUCGUUACCCGAUACUGAGCCACGAGGCGGAUACUGUAGCCUGGCAUGCAAUUCCUGUCGAGUGAAGGACGAAAAUUUGCCUCCACGAUGGCUUAAUCCGCGUAUUGGCGAUUUCGGGCUAGUGACUCAGCUCGCGCGCGGGGGGUUGCCCCUAUCAUAUGCAAGCAACGACGGCUCGACAACGUCGAAUCGUCCUGUGGGUACUACAUACUAUCGACCGCCACUAUCUAAAGGUGCGGACGACGAGAAGGUCGACAUCUUCGCCCUAGGUGUUGUGUUCAUCGAGAUGACAUGUCCCUGUACUACAGCUAUGGAACGAGCUGAGAUGCUCAAGGGACUGCAGAUGGGUCACGUACCGACGAGUCUUGGGCAAGGGUUGAAAAACGAGGGAUAUUCCCCUGAAGUUAUCGACGACGUAGUUUCGCUAGCGGAGGCAAUGGUCUGCCCUGACUCUGAGGCUAGAUGGUCUAGCCAGCAAGUGAACGAGGCGGUCGAAAGGGUUUUGCACAGAUGCGAAAGCCCAUAG